CCAAUGGAACUGUCCAGGGUGCUGUAGAAUAGACUGGGCGAGGAAAGUGCUGGCUGAUCCCAGCUCGGGCUGUGUCAGUUUCGUUUUAGAAAUUGAAUUUGGAAGGCUCUGAAAAUGGGGCAAAACCUGAUCCGGACUGUCUUCCUUCUGCUGGUGAGCCUGGCAGGCGAAGGCUUUGGAGGAUUCCCUAACACCAUCAAUAUAGGUGGACUUUUCAUGAAAAAUACAAUUCAGGAACACAGUGCAUUUUUAUUUGCUGUGCAGCUGCACAACACCAACCAAAAUAACACGGAGAGGCCCUUCCAGCUGUUCCACCAUGUAGAUCACUUAGACUCAUCCAACAGUUUCUCAGUAACCAAUGCAUUUUGUUCUCAGUUUUCCCGUGGUGUAUACGCCAUCUUUGGGUUCUACGAUCAAAUGUCCAUGAACACUCUGACGUCUUUCUGUGGAGCCCUCCACACUUCAUUCAUCACUCCCAGCUUCCCAACAGAUGCAGAUGUACAGUUCGUCAUUCAAAUGAGACCAGCACUUAAAGGAGCCAUUCUAAACCUUCUUAAUGAUUAUGAGUGGCCGAGAUUUGUUUACCUGUAUGAUACUGAAAGAGGAUUUUCCAUUCUCCAGGCCAUUAUGGAGGCAGCCGUACAGAACAACUGGCAAGUGACAGCCCGAUCAGUGGGGAAUAUAAAAGAUGUUCAGGAAUAUAAACGCAUCAUAGAGGAAAUGGACAGACGUCAAGAGAAAAGAUUUGUAAUAGACUGUGAGGUUGAGAGAAUAAAUACAAUUUUGGAGCAGGUUGUAAUCCUUGGUAAGCACACACGGGGCUACCAUUAUAUGCUCGCUAACCUGGGAUUUACAGGCAUUUCAUUGGAGAGAGUCAUGCAUGGUGGAGCAAAUGUUACCGGAUUUCAGAUUGUGAAUAAUGAGAACCCACUUGUCCAGCAGUUUUUACAGAGAUGGGUACGUUUGGAUGAACGAGAGUUCCCCGAAGCACGGAAUUCACCAUUAAAGUAUACAUCUGCACUGACCCAUGAUGCAGUCCUGGUAAUUGCAGAAGCAUUUCGAUACUUAAGAAGGCAACGAGUGGAUGUCUCAAGAAGAGGGAGUGCCGGAGACUGCCUGGCAAAUCCUGCAGUUCCUUGGAGCCAAGGGAUAGACAUAGAACGGGCUUUAAAAAUGGUACAAGUUCAAGGAAUGACUGGAAAUGUCCAGUUUGAUACAUAUGGAAGAAGAACCAACUACACAAUCGAUGUAUAUGAGAUGACAGCUACUAAACCUCGCAAAGUUGGUCAUUGGAAUGAAUAUGAACGUUUUGUUCCUGCUCCUGACCAGCAGCCCGCAAAUGACACUUCUUCUGUGGAAAACAAGACCAUUGUAGUUACAACAAUUUUGGAAAAUCCAUAUGUCAUGAAAAAGAAAAACUACGACCAGCUAGAUGGCAAUGACAAGUAUGAGGGGUACUGUGUGGACCUAGCUAGUGAAAUUGCAAAGCAUGUUGGGAUAAAAUACAAACUCUCCAUUGUUGAAGAUGGCAAGUAUGGUGCCCGUGACCCUGAAACUAAAAUAUGGAACGGAAUGGUGGGUGAACUUGUGUAUGGGAGAGCAGACAUAGCUGUUGCCCCUCUCACCAUUACUCUGGUACGGGAAGAAGUGAUUGAUUUUUCAAAACCAUUUAUGAGCCUUGGCAUCUCCAUCAUGAUUAAGAAGCCUCAAAAAUCAAAACCAGGAGUGUUUUCCUUCCUGGACCCCUUGGCCUAUGAAAUAUGGAUGUGUAUAGUCUUUGCCUAUAUUGGAGUCAGUGUAGUUCUUUUCCUUGUGAGCAGAUUCAGCCCUUAUGAAUGGCAUUUGGAGGACACCGAUGAAGCUCGUGACCCUCAGAAUCCUCCUGACCCACCAAAUGAAUUUGGGAUAUUUAACAGCCUUUGGUUUUCCCUGGGUGCCUUUAUGCAGCAAGGAUGCGAUAUUUCUCCAAGAUCCCUCUCUGGGCGAAUAGUUGGAGGAGUGUGGUGGUUUUUCACUUUAAUUAUAAUCUCCUCCUAUACUGCCAACUUAGCUGCUUUCCUUACAGUGGAAAGGAUGGUGUCUCCAAUAGAGAGUGCAGAGGACCUGGCUAAACAAACGGAAAUAGCUUAUGGCACUUUGGAUUCAGGCUCUACCAAAGAAUUUUUCCGGCGUUCUAAAAUAGCGGUGUAUGAGAAAAUGUGGUCUUAUAUGAAGUCUGCAGAACCAUCUGUGUUUACUAAAACCACAGACGACGGUGUGGCUCGUGUUCGGAAGUCUAAAGGAAAGUUUGCCUUCUUGCUGGAAUCCACGAUGAACGAGUACAUUGAGCAGAGAAAACCAUGUGACACCAUGAAAGUUGGAGGAAACCUCGACUCCAAAGGCUACGGAGUGGCAACACCAAAAGGCUCAGCAUUAAGAAAUGCUGUUAACCUGGCAGUAUUAAAACUGAAUGAGCAAGGACUCUUGGACAAAUUGAAAAACAAAUGGUGGUACGACAAAGGAGAAUGCGGCAGCGGGGGAGGUGACUCCAAGGACAAGACAAGUGCCCUGAGCCUCAGUAAUGUUGCGGGGGUAUUCUAUAUUCUUGUUGGAGGCCUUGGACUAGCCAUGAUGGUGGCUUUGAUAGAGUUCUGCUACAAAUCACGAGCAGAAUCCAAAAGAAUGAAACUGACAAAGAACACACAAAAUUUUAAACCUCCUCCUGCAGCCAGCACCCAGAAUUACGCAACUUACAGAGAAGGUUACAAUGUCUAUGGAACGGAAAGUGUUAAAAUUUAAGGAUAUCCAACAAGAAGAGCAAAGUGAUUGGGUUAACAUUUGAGAAUGAGGCUUCCUCCUACAUCCUGACCACCUGAG